AAUUCAAGAGAUGAGGAGGCAUUCUGUUUCAAGGUCUAUUAGAAGCAGCUCCCCUUUCUCUCUGGGUUUCUGGACAAGCACAGUGAAUUGAAAAGAACAGAUGCUGGUGGAACCCUUACGAAGCCAAGGCUCAGACAUUUCGAUUAGGCUCUUUCUGGAGGCAGAUCAUUUUAAGGGUUCUAAUUAGUUAAUAAAUUCUCCCUGUACUCUAGAACCAUCAAGACUUUUUUCUUCUUUCCAGAACUACAUCAGUAAAGGAAUACAUGUCUGCCAAGUCAAAAAUAUGGAUUGAAAAGCUCAUGGAGAUGCAGACUCCUCAUUCAUGAGCCAAAUCCAGUUCUGAUCUCAUAGAGAAGAUGGACAAAUUCUCCACAUCUCUGGAGUACCCUUUGGGAUUACUUACUUUGGGGCACCUAUUAACCUACCAUUCCACCAAAUACAUUUGAGAAAAAUUCACUGAGCUCCUACUGUGCACCAGGCAUUGUCGUAGGCUCGGAGUUGUCAAAGAUCAGUGAGGUGGGUUUUCCAAGCUGUCAGCUUUUCCAGAGUCUUUGACCUAAAUGUGAUAUAGGAGGAUUUAAUUAAGUAUUACAAAGGUGAAAGGGCUUUGGUGAAAUUAGAGCCUCUGGGAUCCCAGUUUGGGAAACUGGCUAGUGACAGAAAUGGAUUUCUUUUCCAAUGAAGAGCUUCUUGAGAAGUGAGGUCUUAGGCUGAGACUUUUGAUAGUGAUUUCAAGGAAGUCUAAAUAAGUCACAUAACUUCUAAGCUAUCUCUCACCCUAUGCUUUUAUUUAUGCCAAUAAUUAAUUAACAGCCUGUUAUCCAGGGAGAAGAAGUUUCCUAUCAGCAAAGGGACACAUAAACGUUUCCUCUUGCAAACACUCCCUUUAUCAGAUUAGCCACAUUUCAAAGUCCAGUGCAAAGACAGGGCCUUCCCUACUGCUACCAUUUUUUCCCCCACGUACCUCAUUAAACAUCUUUAUUUGAUACUUAAUGACUUAGUUUUGGAAUAGUUCAAAAUUGUCCCCAAAGAAAUUUUAAGUAGCCUCUGAAGUCUUCACGGUCUCACAUGAAUAUGGUUUCAGAAUCAGAGACAUUUCUCAUUUUCCUCUUCUUUAACAUAAAAUGUUAAUAAUACCAUCUUUAUUUUAAGUCCUUGUGCUGAUUACUAAGUAAUAUAUAUGUAAAACUCCAGCCACCAAAUAGGGAAGACUUCAAUAAAUUCUAUCACUUAGAAACUGUCAAAGAAUUUAAAACAAGGAUUCAAUACACAUUUUUUCAAGUGUUUAAAAAACAGUGAACUCUCAUGGUGCCGUAUGUUUUUGUCCCAAGAACGAAAUUGACAUGGAGUGUUUCAAAAAAACAUAUUUUAAAUCUGCUCCAGUUCAUUUGCUGCCUAAUUAUGUAACUGGGGAAGGAAGACCACUUCCUUCUUUAUCGUCCUUGAAGAUCUGUAAGUGCCCUUCCCCCAUUCCCCUCCCACUUGCCUGAGGAAUCUUGGGUUGAGGAGGAGGCAGUAGCCUCCUCUUGGGAGGAGAGGAAGGACUAUAAAAACCAUUUUCUCCAGCCCUGGAUAGCAGAUCUUUUUCCCUUUUGGAACCAGCUUGGAAGGAUGAAAGAUGGAUACUCGCAAUUUGGAAAUGAAAACUGGAGUGAAGAAUUAAGAAGUCAAGUCUCUGGUCCACGUACACAUUCCUGGAGAAAUUCCCAGAGACCAGCAUCACUGGGAAAGCUACCCACAAGUGCGGCUUCUACGGGGAGAAAACCAGCACGUUGCUGUCCUGCUCAGGACGGACCAAGAAGCCAUGAAAUCCCUGACUGAAGAAAACUUAGAAGAUUGCCUACUGAAUAAGGUAGACUUGAGGCGCCAGUGGAUUUCCCAGAUGGUGGAGGAGAUGCAGAAAGUUGUCCAUCAUCUGACCACAGAAAUCAGCCGCCAAGACAUUCGAUUUCAAGCCAUUCCUUACUCUGACACAUACAAUGAGAACAUUAAGGUUUUGGCCCCCACGCAGUUCCUCGUCACCGUCCCGGUGAAAGGCCUGGCGGGCUACCGGGAGGCCCAGCAGCAGCGCUGGCGCUACUACACCCUGCGGGGCGCCCGGCUCCCCUGCCCCCUGCGGGACCCGGAGCGCCUGCAGCAGUGGCUGGAGGUGGAGCAGUUUACCAAGAGCCUGUGGCAGUGGCAUGAGGCCGACGUGACCAUCGAGGGAGACAUCGUGCCCGCCAAGGUCCUCCAGGUGUUCCGGAAACUGGUGGAAAACGCCAUAGAAACCUGUCCCUUGUCAGGUAAGGUCAGCAUGCUGAUGGACAGCACUGUGGUUCGCGUUGCCGUGGAAACAUCCUCAGGUCAGGUGGAAGCAGAGCUGACCCCCUCAGUGGAGAUCCCCACCGCCUGGUCCAAGAAAGCCCAGUGGCCUUCGUGUCUGAAGCGCUGGCCUGCCCCAGAGAGAGUGCAGUGCAUCAAGUCAUUUGGGUUUAGCUUGUUGGCCUGUUCAAACUAUCACUGGCAGCUGAGCUUCCUGCGGGCCGAGCAGGUGCUGCUGGAGCAGCUGGAUGAGGACGGGGGCUGCCGCAGGAAGUGCUUUCAGGCCCUGCGGCAGAUGAAGGAAGACGUCUGGUGUCCCGGGAAGAGGCCUGUUCUCACGUCCCACCACCUGCAGACAGUGCUCUUCUGGACUUGUGAGAAGUAUCCCGACCCAAAGGACUGGCGGGUCUUCAGCAAAGCGUUCCUGCGCCUGGUGAGGAAGCUGCACAAGUGCGUGAGCCAGCACUUCCUGAAGCACUACUUUGUGCGCAAGGGCAACCUCCUGCAGUACGCCAGCCCGGCCAAGCUGGACGCUGUGGCCCAGAAGCUGGCCUCCUUCCUGAAGGACCCCCGGAUCAGCCUACCUUGAGGCUGCCCUCCCUGCCUGGGAGGCUCGUGGACACCGCAUUCAGGCUUGACCUCACUCUCUGUGGAUCCAAGGCCAGCAUCCUGCUCAGGAGAGAAGCAAGGGACGGCAGAAGAAAUUACAUCAACCUGUAGCACUUCGGGGGGGUGGUGAGGAGGACUGUUCCCCGAGACGUCUGGCCCAGGCCUCCCUGGAGCCAAGCAAGCAUUACUGGCCCCACGAACUACCUCUCUUGGGGGGCCCUCACCAAGCCUCCCCAGGCUGCAGAUUCUGAACUGAUGACAGUUCUGAAUGUAUUUUCCCUUGCUCAGGCUCUGAUUGUCUGACGGGGAGGAUGUAGACCAGAACCCCUGAAGGCCAGGCAUCACGCCUGCUGCCCAGGAAUGGUUCUCCAGCCCACUGACCACGGGCUCGUUACUUUUCCAUUUGUAAAAUGGGAUUGUUAAUGUGCCGCCCUCAGAGCAGGGCUGUGAGCCUCCGGGACUGCGCUGCCGCCCUUUCAAGGGGAAAGCGCUGGAUCUACACAAAUGUCCAUUGGUUUAGUGGCCGGUGUUUGCAUCAUCAGUACCUACGCCACUGGCUCGAUGAUUACGUCUGAGGGGUUAACAUGCCUGUGUUGCCCCUGGGGCCCUCCAGUCGUAAACGGGGGUUCAGGCUUGUGGCCCUGCUUCCCGGAUGUUCUCUAAGAAGGGAGGAAUGGUUCCGAUGAGGUGUCAGUCAAAGGUGAAAUUGCAGUGACCCCAUGACUGCCCUUCCUUGCUUCCCACACUGUGGGCCAGGGAUGGGACCGCCUUCUGUCUAUGGAAUGAACUGGGUACGUGAUCUGCAGGGAGUGACUUUGGUGUUGCUCACCUCUCAGUUCCUUCCUGUGCUCACUUCCUUCACUCACUCACUCACUGAUAACAUGUGUGCGCGUCAGGCCCUGGGGAUGCAGCAAAGAGCAAGAUGGACAAGGACUUACCCGAGGUGGAUGACGCCUCAUGGUAGAGACAGGAAAUGAACAGCAGACCAAUACACAUGAUUGUUACAAACUGUAGCACGUGCUCGAGCAGAAUAUUGGAAUAGAGCCACAGAGAGAUCCCUGAAGGAUGAAAGGCAAACAGCUGAAAGGGAAGGAAAGGGGGCCGAGGGCAGACUUGGAGGGGCCGGCGUGAGUCAG